AUGCACUGUAACGAGCUUUCACAGGAUAAGGUCACCCUGGGGGAGUCACACAAGGUGACGCUCAUUGCCAACAAUGAGGAGGCUGCGCUCACUAUUGCGCGAGCCUUUGCUAAGAUACCUGUUGACAAGGUGUGGCUUGAUCACACGCUGUACUUCGCUGGCGAGGAAGGAGCUACUAUGAUCGGCGAUACCCAAGCUGCUUUGACGGAGGCAUACGUUAAGGUCUUCCCGAGAGAGUACCUACUGGAUUUCAGCGGCGCGUUCCAGUACAGCUGCAAUGAAGCCUCGCAGGCUCCGAAGUACACGUCAGACAAUAGGUAUGAAGUUACGCUAACAUGUGGCAAGCGUGACGAUGAUGAUGAGCCGGAGCAAAAAGAUCAAGUCGUGACCAUCGCCUUCUCCACGGCUUCCAAGGCCAUUGGUUUCUCUAAUGCAUUCGGAGGCCUACUGUACCACGAGGUUGAGUUCGAUUCUACUAUCCUACACACUGUGGACUACAUCUCACUCGUACCAGAACAGCAUAUGCAAAGGGAAGAGAUAUACCCAUUGAAGAGAGCUACCGUGGAGUUCGACCUCAAUGGUCGUCUCACUUCUCGUCGUAUCGAGUUUUUACGUGCGGAUGAGCAUUACGGAGGUGGCAACGGCAAACGCACUUAUCAUCCUGUUAAAUUCGAGUGCGAUGAGGAGCUCCUCCUUUGA